AUGGCUUUCCCGCUACCGAGGGGAAUUACAUCCCCUGAAAUCGCCUUUCUCUGUGAAAUGGAAAUGGUGACCGUGGUCCCUCGGCAGCGCCUAGAAGGGCUGGAAUUGCUUGGAGGACCUACGGAGGCAAUGAUACCUCCCCGGCGAUCUAGACUGCCACUCUGGCUUGCUCUCCUGCUCAAACGCCAACGCCGUGUUAAUAUACUAGCUCCUUCAUGGCUUACCCUGGAGUCACUGUCCUCGAUUCUUGAGCUGGAGACUAUACGAACGGAGCAGUUCUGCCCUCCCCCAACUUUGUUGGCUCCGGCGCAGGAUGGAAAUACAGAGUCGAGGCAACACAACCGUGGCAAUAACCGAGCUGCCAGGACUCGAUAUAAUAUGGAUGGGAAUAAAUAUACGCCAUCGCCGCCAUUUUUACUCCAAAAUACCGUGGAUGCUGAGCAGAACGAAUAUCUGAAUGCCCUACCCUACCACUGGCUUGAGUUUGCGACUAUGCUUCUUGACGUAGCCAGUGACGACAUCCAGGACUCCGACCAGGUGCGCCGUUGCAUACGUGAUAUUCGAGAAGUGCGAAUGUCCAAAAUGCGCCAGUUGAUGGAAGGUGUAGAUGCCACUGCCGUUGGUGGCGGAGAUGGCUUAGCUCUGACAGGUGUGGGUGCCAUGGAAAUCGGCGAAGCAAGAGGGUUUAUAUCUGGUGCAGCUGAAGCAUUAAGACAACUAGGUGCUUCGAAGGAGGAAGCCUUGAGAGAACAGGCAGAGGAGGAUGAAGGGGAAGACAUUCAAUUUGGUGGACGGAAUGACUAUGAGGAUGAAAUGGACGUGGAAUUAUAA